AUGAGUGACGAAAGUGGCGCUUCGGCAGGGCUGCUGCGUGAUAUUCUCCAGCAGCUCACAGACAACCCCAAGGUGAUCAUUGGCGCAGCCGCUGUCGGACUACUGGUUUUCUUUGUCAUCGAUACGCUGCGAGCAUGGUACCGUCUUUGUCACGUUCCUGGACCCUUUGGGGCAGGUCUUACCAGACUUUGGAUGUUUAGAGGAUCAAUGAGAGCGCAGCAACCGAUGGAAAUACAAGCAGCGAUUGAGAAAUACGGAUCUUUGGUGCGCAUUGGACCCAACGAGCUAGCGACGGACGAUGCCGCGCUUCUGAGGAGGAUGAACUCUGCUAAAUCUACUUAUGUCAGAGGACCAUGGUUCGCAUCUAUGCGCUUUGAGCCAGGCAAGGACAAUCUCUUCUCGAUGCAAGAUGAAGAGGGUCACAGAAAGCUACGCAACAAAAUGGCAGCUGGCUACUCCGGCAAGGAAAACCCUUCACUAGAACGCUCCGUCGACUCCAUCAUCGCCAAAUUCAUCGACCUUCUCGAAACAAAAUACCUAUCCACCGAAGAUGAGUUCCGUCCUGUAGACUUUUCCCAGAAGGCUCAGUUCUUUACUCUCGACGUCAUCAGCGAUCUUGCCUUUGGACACCAGUUCGGAUAUCUGACGAAGGAUGAGGAUGUCUAUGACUUUCUCAAAAUCACCAGAGCUUACUUCCCGGUUACUGUCACCAUGGCGAAUAUGCCUUGGAUGAUUUCCCUACUUCAUUCUCGGCUGUUUAGUGGGCUUUUACCGAAGGAGACUGAUGGCGUUGGCUUUGGCGCUUUCAUCGGUGUUGCGAAUAAGAAGGUCGCUGAACGGUUCGCACCAGGUGCAACUCCUCAUGCUGAUAUGCUAGGAUCUUUCAUGAAAAACGGACUGAGUCAAGAACAAAUGUCUCGAGAAUCGCUGCUUAAUGUCGUUGCUGGAAGCGAAACGACCGCGACCACAAUCCGUAUGAUCAUGCUGUGUAUCCUCACCAACCCAGUUGCCUACAGACGCCUUCAGCAAGAAAUCGACGACGCUAUCAAAGCCGGAACAAUCUCAUCACCCAUCACCGACGCCGAAGCCCGUAGGCUACCAUUCCUCCAAGCCACUAUCCAAGAAGGUCUUCGGAUCAAAGUUCCCGCUGCAGGACCUCUGUUCAAAGCAGUUCCUCCAGAGGGCGAUACCAUCAACGGAAUGUUCAUUCCCGGGGGUACACAAAUUGGUAUCUCACCGUUCGGUGUUUAUCACUCUAAAAAGGUCUUUGGUCCGGAUGCAGCUGUCUUCCGUCCUGAGCGAUGGUUGAAUGCCGACCCUGAACGUCUUGAGGCUAUGGCUGAUCAUGUUGGUCUUGUGUUUUCGAGUGGAAAGUGGCAGUGUCUGGGUAAACCUGUUGCGAUCAUGGAGUUGAACAAGAUCUUCGUUGAGUUGUUGCGACGAUUUGACUUUAGCAUCGUUAAACCUGAGAAGCCUACUGACAUUUUCAACGCUGGUGUCUGGAUUAUUGAGAACUUCAAUCUGCGUGUCACGCGACGCGAGGUUUAA